AUGGACGAAUCUCACCUCCGCCAGAGCAUGUCGCAUCAUCCGUCCCCGUUCAACUCUCCUCAGCCUCCACACUCGCAUAUCCCAUCCACUCUCUCCUAUAAUGAAGCAACCACCACCGCUCUAGAACCGCAGGCGUCCCAACACCGCACCGGCAACACCAGCGAUGAAGAGGGCCAACCACCACCACGAUACACGCGCGAAAAUGACCCCUUCCAGCUCGCAUCGAAGAUCAAGACCGAUGAAGAAAUCCGACAAAUCCACCCGCAAGCCAACACGGCCCGUAAACGCGACAGCUGCGGCCCGGGGGGACUCCUCCGCGCAACCAAGAACCCAAAGAAGGCAUUGGACACCGCCAUCUCGUCCAGACAGCUACAAGGCUUCUACCACUCGCAAAACGAGAACAUCGAGCGCAUGCUGAAACCCGUGGAAGAGCACGUCCGCGACGCUCGCGAAAUCAGCGUCAACAACCAACUCAAAUACAAAAUCGCUGUGUACGGCAGCUUCGCCGCGAACGUCAUCCUCUCCGUCCUACAACUCUACGGUGCCAUUGCAUCGGGCUCUCUCUCCCUCUUCACAACAAUGGCCGACGCCGUCUUCGACCCCAUGUCCAACCUCACCCUGCUCCUCUGCAAUAAGGCCGUCAACCGUGUCGACCCCCGCAAGUUUCCCGCCGGCAAAGCCCGCAUCGAAACGGCGGGUAACAUCUGCUUCUGCUUCCUCAUGACGGCCGUCUCGUUCAUCAUUAUCGCCUUCUCCAUCCGUGAACUGGUCGAGGGCUCCCAGUCGGAAACCAGCGAUUUCCAUCUGCCCUCCGUCGUCGCUGUUAUCGUUGCCUUCUGCACCAAGUUCGCCCUCUUUGUCUACUGCUUCGCCCUGCGCCACCAGGUCUCCCAGAUCCGCAUCCUCUGGGAAGAUCACCGCAAUGACCUCUUCAUUAACGGGUUCGGUAUCCUGACCUCGGUCGGUGGAAGUAAGCUGCGCUGGUGGAUUGAUCCCAUGGGCGCUAUCAUUCUCUCCGUCUUGGUCAGCUGUCUCUGGCUCUAUACUGCCUAUCACGAGUUUCAGCUUUUGAUUGGUGUCACCGCCGAUACUAAAAUGCAGCAGCUGAUUACUUAUAUCUCAAUGACUCACUCCCCCUUCAUCACCGCCAUUGAUACGGUCCGCGCCUACACCUCCGGACCUCGUCUGCUUGUCGAAGUCGAUGUUGUCAUGGACCCCAAUGAUUCCCUCCGCGCGACUCACGACGUUGCCGAGGAACUGCAGAUGAAGCUAGAGUCCCUGCCUGACGUGGAGAGGGCAUAUGUGCAUGUCGAUUAUGAGACGACGCAUAAGCCGGAGCAUUUUCUGAAGAAGGAAUUGUAG